UCAAAACUUAUUCCACACUCCCUAGUCAACGCGGCGAGUUGCUCACCACCUAUUCUCUAGUGAAGUCCUCCCUCAUGUCUGACGGAGCAUAUUAAAACUGUAGUUUCAGGCGGAGAAGAGGAAAAUAAUCGGAGACCAAGACAAACUUCUGUGGAAGAAGCGAAGCAAAAGGAUUCAUCAGAAGAAACCCGAGGACUGGAGCCCCUCUUUCUGCGGGCGAAGGCGGUUGAAGUUUUUCUCUCCCUCCUUCAAUUCUUCUAAACUUCAACCACAACAUGAAUCGAAGCUUUAAUAAGUCGCAACCUCUGCGAAACGCUGAUUGUAACGCUGUAGAAGUGAAAAGCAAGUAUGGGGCAGAGUUCCGUAGGUUCUCGGUGGACCGGAUCAAACCUGGCAAGUUUGAGGAGUUCCACAAGCUCCUCUUGCACGUUCACCGGAUUGCCAAUAUGGAGGUGAUGAUUGGCUACGCUGAUGUCCAUGGUGACCUGCUGCCAAUAAACAAUGAUGACAACUUUUGCAAAGCGGUGUCAACGGCUCAUCCACUACUCAGGAUAUUCAUACAGAGACAGGAAGAGGUCGACUACACCACCUUUGGUACCAACACAAUAACUCGUAAGAAAAAGGCAGUUGUGACGCUGCGCAACAACGAGAUUAGCCGCAAGCGUCCUCACAUCCGCAUCGGCAUGCCACAGGACUUCAGGCCUGUUUCCUCCAUCAUCGAUGUGGACAUCCUACCUGAAUCUCACCGCCGUGUCCGACUGUAUCGUCACGGUUCAGACAAGCCCCUGGGCUUUUACAUUCGAGAUGGAACCAGUGUCCGCGUGACGCCACACGGCCUGGAAAAAGUCCCGGGUAUCUUCAUAUCUCGGUUGGUGCCUGGAGGGCUGGCGGAGAGCACGGGGCUGCUUGCGGUCAAUGAUGAGGUGUUGGAGGUUAAUGGCAUUGAAGUGACGGGAAAGUCAUUAGAUCAGGUAACAGAUAUGAUGAUCGCUAACAGCCACAACCUGAUUGUGACGGUCAAGCCGGUGAACCAGCGCAACAAUGUGGUACGCAGCAGCAGAAUCUCUGGCAGCUCAGGCCAGUCCUCUGAUAGCAGCGGUUCAACAGGUUUCCCAAGUUUGUCGAUGGCCUCAGCACGAGAGACAUCCGCUGGAGCACAUGGUUACCAAGACGACCUGGAGAGUGAUGAGGAUGCAGAUAUUGUCAUUGAGAGCAGCCUCAAGCGGCCUUCUCAGCGGUCCAAUGCCUCUCUGGCGUCUAACGUGUCUCGCACUCACCAGCCAACUCCGACAACAACGUCAGCCUUGGUGGCUCCUCCAAGCCCCCCUACACGUCCAUCAUCAGUGGUCUCCACCACUUCCUUUCACUCUCAGACAAGUCUCAACGGAGGGUCCCAUCACCACCACCAACACAGCAGCCUGAGCUACCAGCUUCACAGAGACCUGAAUCUGAAGCACAACCAGCAACAACAGUCCCAGCACACUCACCUCCACCCGCAGCCUCUGCACCACAGCAGCAACCCAGCUCUCCGCCACAGCAACGGCAGCCUGCACAAAAUUCUCAGCUCUCUGAAAACAGACCCACGACACAGUCUCGCACUUCCCAAGGGAGGGGUGGAGGAGGAUGGCACCGUCAUUACCCUAUAAUACGUAGAGACAUAAACAUCCAAGCUGCUCAGAGACUAAACUGGAACAUCAGGCCAGAUGAAAAUGAGCACGUGUGGGUUUUGUAAGAUACUAAUUGUGUAACUUCUGUUGGUUUUUACAAGAUGAUUGAUAAUAGGAAGUUUCCAAAAAGGACACUGCAUGUAUAUUUCUUGGAUUUUUAAAAGUCCUUUGUUUUACAGGAGAUUUGUACUUAAUAAGCGUCAGAAUAUUUUCUUUUCUUUUUUGUUAAGGCAAGUCCACUGUAGCCUAGAGUUCUGAAUGUGCCUAUAGCCUGGUAUUGUUUCUUAGUGACCACUUAUUAAAAAUCAUUGUUUUUAUUAAUGGGACCAACUUGGGGUUGUUCAUGGAUUUUUCUUUUUUAAAAGAGUAAAUCUAUAUUUCUUAUAUUCUGAUAAAUGCUGUCUAGAGUUUGUUUUUAAUAGGUCUUUAUGCAUUGUUGAUUGUGAUCAAAUCUUUGUAUAUGUUUCAAUAAAUUAUUAUGUCUCACAUUUA